CUUGGUUCAAUAUAAGUACAACAAAUACGUCAACAAUUUUAAACAAAGCAUCGACAGAGGUCAAUGAUUCUGGAACUUAUUCUUGCUUACAUUCUACUUAUCCAGACCCAUUAAAUGUUUCCAUUUACGUAAAUGUCACAGAGCCAGAACCUGUAGAGAUACUAACCUUCAGAAUAAGUGAUCCAAUAUCACGAGAGGGGAAAUCUGUGCAGUUUGAAACGGAGAUAGUUGAUAUCCUUGACCUUGGAGUGCAGUGGUUCCACAAUGGGAACUUGAUAACGAAUUCUUCUUUGAGAUAUAUAAUAACAUCUUAUCCAACAGGGAAUGGUACAUUACGCAAUGUGCUUAGCAUACUAAAUGUUUUGCAACAAGAUGAAGGAAACUGGAAUAUCACUGCAUCAAACGGGAAAACAUCUGCAAGCAGGAGUAUUUACCUACGAGUACUUCCAAAGCUUAUGCUGCAGAUGAUACCAAGAGAUGAUCUCUCAAUCGAAAGCAAGGAAUCAAUCAAUCUUCUAUGCGUUGUCACUAAUCCAGAAUCCUUAUUUAAUUUGACUGGCGGUGGUUUAUUCUGGCAGAAAGACGGCAAGAAAAUAUUAUCAGAUUCUGGAUUCAAUAUAAAUACAACAGUCACCUCCACGACUUUGAAAAAGUCAUCAGCAGAAGUCGAUGAUACCGGAACUUAUUUGUGUUCUCACGCUGCCUAUCCCGACCCAAUUAAUGUCUCCAUAAAUAUAAAUAUUACAGAACCAAAAUCAGUAGAAAUAUUAUCCUUCGAAAGUAGUGGUUCAUUAUUACGUGAAGGAAAAUCAUUAAGAUUUGAGUCGGAAAUACUGCUCGACCCUGCCCUUAAUGUUCAGUGGUUUCACAAUGGAAUAUUAAUUAACAAUUCGUCAAGAUAUACAAUUACUUCAUCCAUAACAAACAACGGUACAUCGAUCCAUGUGCUUCAGAUCUUCAACGUAUUGCUGCAAGAUGAAGGUGAAUGGAAUGUAACGGCAUCAAAUGGGGUGACAACUGAAACCAAGAGUAUCAGAAUACAAGUUUUACAAAAGCUGAAGCUACAGAUUAUACCAAAGUACGAUUUUUCGAUUCAAAGCGGCGAAGGUAUUGAUCUCGAAUGUACUGUCAUCAAUCCUGAAUCCCUGAAAAAUUUGUCUGGUGGAAGUUUAAUCUGGCAGAAAGACGGGCAAAAAAUUUUAUCAGGAUUCAUUAUAAAUACAACCAAUUCAAGUACACAACUGAGGAAGUCAUCAUCAGAAAUAGAUGAAUCUGGACGAUAUUCGUGCUUACACUCUGCUUAUCCUGACCCAGUAAAUGUUUCCAUUUAUGUUAAUGUCACUGAACCAGAACCGAUAGAAAUGCUGUCCCUGAAAAUAAACAAGCCAGUAUUGCUUGAGGGUGAACCAGCUUGGUUUGAAGCUGAGAUAGUGAACAAGUCUGGUCUCAUUGUGCAAUGGUUUCACAAUGGAAUUCUGAUAACUGACGCUUUAUCUAGAUUUAGAAUGACAUCCUCUACAACAGCCAAUAAUACAUCACUUUAUGUACUUAACAUAGCAAGUGUGAUACUACAAGACGAAGGAAACUGGAAUAUAACAGCAUCAAACGGGCUGACAACAGCAAGCAGAGGUAUCAGUCUACAAGUUCUCCCAAGAAUUUCGCUGCAUUUGACACCACAAGAUGAUUUCUCGAUCCAGACCGGAAAAGCUAUUCACCUUCUAUGCGAAGCUUUAUAUUCGGAGACACCAGCUUACUCUACUGGCAUAAAUUUAAACUGGAAGAAGGAUGGAAAUAAUAUUUCGUCAGAUCCGAGAUUCAAUAUAAGUAAGACAGCCAUGUCCACGACUUUACAUAAGUCAUCAGCAGCAUUGACUGACUCUGGUCAUUACUCUUGCUUACAUUCAGUCUAUUCUAAUACCGAUGAUAUUUCCGUGGAUGUAAAUGUUACAGAACCAGAUAAAGAUAAACCAUGCCCUUGUCAACAUGGAGGAACUUGCAUAAAUUCUAUCUGUGCUUGUCCCGUUGGAUAUCAAGGCAGAUAUUGUGAGAAUGAAUACAUAGACAUUCUAUCCUAUAAGAGAAGCAACUCAGUGAUACGUGAAGGAAAGUCAGUGUGGUUCCAAUCAGAGAUCGUUGGUCCUGUUGGUUUCAAGGUUCAGUGGUCUCGCAAUGGAAUUUUAAUAAGCAACACAGCAUCCAGAUAUGUUAUGUUUUCCUCUCAAACUGAAAAUGGUACAUCGCUUCAUAUCCUAAAUAUCACAAGUGUUUUGCAGCGGGAUGAAGGAUAUUGGACAGCUACAGUAUCAACAGAUUUGACAACGGAAGCCAAGAAUAUAACAAUAAGUGUUCUUCCAAAGCUUUUGCUGCAGAUGACACCACAAUACGAUUUCUUAGUUAAGAGUGGAGAGAGUUUAAAUCUUCGAUGUACUGUCAUCAAUCCUAAAUCCCUGAAUGAUUUAUCAGAAGGAAGUUUAAUAUGGAAGAAAGAUGGCGGGAAUAUUUUAUCUGAUACUGGAUUCAAUAUAAGCACAACAAACACAUCUACUACUUUGGAGAAAGAACGGGCGGAUCUUAGUGACGCAGGAAGUUUUUCGUGUUCCCAUUCUAGCUAUCCAGACCCAGUGUCUGUUUCUAUCUCUAUUUCUGUUACAAAACCAGAACAAAUCAGAUGUGCGGAUGACAAGAUUAAUAAUAUAAUUUGGAAAUCUACAAUUGCUGGAACAACUAAAAAAGAGUCGUGUCCUGAAAAUCAAAAAGGAACUGCAACCAGAUAUUGUAAUUUACAAGGUGUUUGGGACUCCCCCAAUCUUAUCAACUGUACUGAUGUCGCUUUAGCAAAUGCUAAUGAAGAGUUAGACAGUAUAAUUGCUGAUGGUAUAACUGAGAAUGUAGAUGAGGCAGUGAACAACACUUUAGUGAAGAUGAAGAACCUGACAUCAAAGAGUAGUGUACUGAGUGCCGGGGAUAUCAGCUCCUCUCUUGACAUCCUAGAGAAGAUAGUCAACGUCACAAAUCUGACGAGUGCAAAUGUAGAAAAAGAGGCCUUUUUCGAGGUUGUCGACAAUGUUUUAUCAACGAACAAUUCCAAAUCAUGGACUGCUGUCAGCGACAAGACAGAAAAGGAUGCAAGCUCACUUUUAAAGAAUAUGGACCGAAUGAGUGAAGUUGUUUUGAAGAAAGAAAACGUAACAGCAUCAAAAUUCAAAGGGAAAAAUUUUGAGGUGUCUGUUGACCAAACAAAGGUAGAUGAAAAAGGAAUCGUUUUCCCAGAAAAGUCCGAGAAAACACCAAAUGAUACUUCAAGUGAUACUGAAGAAUAUUCCACAUUUCUUGAAUUGCCAAAGCAAACAAAUAAAAUUGAAAAAGCUAUUACUUAUGUGGCUGUCAUAUACAAGACGAUUUCAGACAUUUUACCCACGGAUUCAAGUUCAGAAACAGAAGAAAGUUCAGAUGCGGUGACAGAAGUAAAAGAGAAGAAAAAGAAAGAAUUUGUCAAUUCUGAAAUUUUGUCACUUACUACUCAGACAGAUCUGGGGAUUCUAUCUCCCCCUCUUAGUCUGGCCUUCCAACAUAAACACGAGAACGAAAGUGCUGACCUUAAAGCAGUUUGUGUGUCAUGGGAUUACACCAUAAAUAAAUGGUCUGAAAAAGGAUGCAAAGUAAAUUCCACCAAUACCAAGAGGACAGUUUGCCAGUGUAACCAUCUGACCAACUUUGCCAUUCUGAUGAGACCUUACACACCUGAGACUGAAGAUGGAGCCUCUCUGAAGACGUUAUCUCUCGUUGGUGUUAUCAUCUCGAUUGCUUUCACAGUUUUAACGUUUAUCAUAUUUAUUCUGACUUGGAAACAAGUAAAGAGUGAUCAAAAUAUAAUGCUGCUUAAUCUUUGUGGAUCGCUGGUCGUAUCCUACAUCGUCUUCAUCGCAGCUGUAGAAAAGACGGAAAAUGAGGCUGUCUGUACAUUCGUUACGGCUCUUAUUCAUUAUCUUUUCUUGGUGACCUUCUUCAGUAUGCUGAGUAUGGGUAUUUACUAUUGCAUGAGUAUCACCGUGACAUUCUACGCCAUGUAUGUAGCCAACAAUUUCAAGUCCAAAACCAGAGUGCAAUGGUUCCUUUUGGGGUCAUGGGGUAUUCCACUAAUCAUUGCAGCAAUAACAUUAGGAGCCUUCUGGGGGAAUAAUUACCACCUUAAACACUAUUGUUGGCUCUCAAUGGAAAGUGGCUCUCUUUUUCUCUUUAUUGUUCCAGUUUGUCUGAUUGCUGUGAUAAACAUUAUUAUAAUGGUGUCCCUGAUUCGAGUGUUGUGCGCUUCCAGUGCCAUGACGAAAUCUUCACUUCAGAAAAAAGCCGCGUCGGGAUUGCGGUCUCUCGGUACCCUUUUACCUGUAUUAGGAGUUACCUGGAUAUUUGGAGUCUUGGCUGUAAACGAAAGCGCUGAAAUAUUUCAGUACAUUUUCAUUAUAGCCAAUUCCUUACAGGGUUUCUGUAUAUUCAUUUCACACGUGCUUUUAAACAAAAAGCUGAUGCUGGGUAUAAAGACAAAGUAUCCAUCUCUGAGCGGACUGAGUAUGUUCACAGAAUCCAGCAAAAAGGAAACAUCUUCUGUAUCAAGGUCACAUUCAUCAAGGUCAGAGGCUCCAUUGGUGAAACCAAAGAAAAAGAGGAUACUGCCAAUAUUUGGAAUAUUUUCGAGCAAAAAGACUGGGAAGAACAAUAAAGUCAUGAAAUCCGAUUCUUUUAUGACGGAUAAAACUGUGUCUACUGAUUGUCCCUGUAGUGAAACUCAGGAAAAUAGCAUAACAAUGACAGAAACCGGUCCAAAAGAAGAAGAAAGUGCGAAAAUGAUUUUCAAAGAAGUAAAAACGGAAAGAAAAAGACCACGUGUACGUUUCCAUUUUAACUUGAAGAAGAAAACUUACAUUUUGUCCGAGAUGUAGACUACAGCUAUUGAUUUAUCUUUAGAUAUAAUGUAUGCGUAAACAUUUUUUCAUGAGAUAAUUAUGUCCAUCUUUGUCAUUAAAGUACCGGAUGAAAAUGAGGACCACAAUGUCCAUAUGUAUGAUAUCCCCCUUUUUACUGUGUUAAUAGAUUGCAGAUGGAAAAUGUUAUUAAAAUUGAUUCAAGUCAAAUGUAGAAUUGAAGAGAAAGAAAAAGUUUAAAGCGACACCGAAUCAAAUUUAAAAGGAUAUGAAAGUGUACUCCUGUUAGAAUUAUUUUUCCUUUCUAGCUAUUGACUGUUUCAGAUUGUAAU